AUAUAAUUAACCAAAAUAACCCGCUAAUCGCCGUGAUUACCAUAAAUGCCCUCCAUUUUUUUCCCCUUUAUAAACUCCCCCGAAAUGUUUCCACGAGCUAAGAACAAAGAAAGAAAAAAAUCUCAUACUGAUUUCUCCAGAAAUCGAGAAGAUGAAUACGAUCGAAGCUCCCAAGAAGAAAUUGGAUGCUGAACCUCAUUACCGGAGCGUGGGUCUGAUAAUCGGGGUCACCGGGAUCGUCGGGAACAGCCUCGCCGGAAUUCUCCCUCUCUCCGACACUUCCGGGGGUCCUUGGAAAGUCUACGGCGUAGCUCGCCGACCCCGACCGGACUGGACCACCGACCAACAGAUCCAGUACAUUCAGUGCGAUGUCUCCGACGCCAUUGAUGUCCGAACGAAGCUCUCUCCCCUCACCGACGUGACCCACAUCUUCUACGUCACCUGGACGAACCGCGAAACCGAGUCCGAGAACUGUUCGGCCAACGCCGCCAUGCUCAGAAACGUCCUCCGUGCGGUUGUGCCUCACGCGCCGAAUCUCCGGCACGUUUGCCUCCAGACAGGGACGAAGCACUAUGCGGGCCCCUUCGACAACGUGGCAGGAAGGUCCUUUCACGAUUCUCCGUUCACGGAGGAUCUGCCGAGGCUGUCGCUUCGGAACUUCUACUACGAUCAAGAAGACGUCCUGUUCGAGGAGGUGGAGAAGAAGGAAGGGCUGACAUGGUCCGUACACCGACCGAACCGGAUCUUCGGGUUCUCUCCGUACAGUCUGAUCAAUAUGGUCGGAUCUCUGUGCGUUUACGCCGCAAUCUGCAAACACGAAGGGUCGCCAUUGAUGUUCCCUGGAAGCAAGGCUGCAUGGGAAGGAUUCACCGUCGCAUCCGACGCGGAUCUGGUGGCGGAGCAGGAGAUUUGGGCAGCGACGGAUCCGUACGCGAAGAACAAAGCUUUCAACUGCAACAAUGGAGACGUCUUCAAGUGGAAGCAUCUAUGGAAGAUUCUUGCGGAGAAGUUCGAGAUCGAAGAGUAUGGAUUCGAGGAGGAAGAAGGGAGGGAGAAGGUGGGAUUGGUGAAGAUGAUGGAAGGGAAAGAUAGAGUAUGGGGAGAGAUAGUGAAGGAGAAAGACUUGGAGAAGACGAAGAUGGAGGAAAUGGGAGAGUGGUGGGUUGUGGAUCUGAUACUUAGAGUGGAAGGAAUGGUAGAUUGCAUGAACAAGAGCAAGGAACAUGGCUUCCUAGCUUUCAGGAACUCCACCAAGUCUUUCGCCUACUGGAUCGACAAGUACAGGGCCCACAAGAUCGUCCCUUGAUUCGGUCGGACCAAACCCAAAAACUCGGUAUCCUUGGCAAACCGAACCGUCGAAACAUCUCAAACCCUAUCUUAUAACCAAAUAAAAUAUUUAAAAACUCAAAAUCCCCUAAAACUUAGGUGUUGAAUUGCAAAGAGUUUUGGGAGUUUUUGGAUUUUAAAAACUCAAAAAAUUAUCAAUCAAGUUUUUUAAAUCUGGUUUCCAAAACCAGGAAAACCACUUUAUGGAAAAAAUUGAACUACAAACUAAAAGCUAUAUUUUUUUGGAAUUUGGACCCAUUUUCUCCCCAAUUUGUUAAAACCUUUAUAAACAACUCCCUACC